AUGCAAAAAAAGUUGAAGAUAGAUGUGCCUCGUUACUUAGAAUAGAAUAUCAUUACUAACUUUCUAAAGAUACCGAAUACGAAUUUACUAUUGAUUAACACAUUAUCCUAAGAGUCAAGUUAAGAAUAAUCAAGUAUAGUAUAUUAUGAUGAUCUUUCUAAGAAUUUUGACAAUAUUAUUAAUGCUAUUAAGACUGAUUACAUCAUAUUGUAAAUGGAGUUUGUUGUCAAAACUAAUUAAAUUCUAAUUGUUAGUCCUAAUUAGCUUAUCACUGCAAAUGUUUACACACUCUAAAGACUGAAUUAUCUAACUUUCAGAUCUGCUACAGCUCUUAGUUUGAUUUAAGGCACAGAUUUAGCAGUCCUUACUAUAUAAAUAUGUAAGUUUUAUAUAGUAGACGUAAUUUAACUAAAGUAGAUAUUUUCUUAAGACACAUGCUAUUUUAAUUAUAAUCUUAAUAAUUUACUUUAAUUUCCAAAAACUUUCUUAUUACAAAAUGAUUUGCUACUAAUAGCUUUAAAAGAUAAUUAAGGUUUCUAGGCAUGGUCAUUUAAUAUAACAACAUAGUAAAUCAGUUAUCAUAAUUACUUACCAGAGCCAUAUAUCGAUAUAGCUUUAAAUUAAAAUAUUAUAUUUGCUGUAGGUAAAGUCUUAAUGAAUGCAACAGAUGACUUCUUAAAUGUCAAACUUAUUAAAACCGGAUUUUUUUCAUUUUAAAAAUAAAGUUUAUUUCUUAGUGACUCCAGAAAUAUAUUUAGAUUAGAUUUUUAGAUAAGCAUGAAUCAAUCUAAAUAAAAUAUAUAUUCUUUGACCUAUCAGAUGGCUAAUCAUCCUUUUCCUAUAUAGACUGAAGGAAUAUAGUUUACAUUUUGGUAUUAUUUGUAAGAAAACAAAUAAUUAAUUUUACCACUGAAAAACAAUAUUCUAGGAUAGUCUUACACAUUUCUUUAUUCCUAUGUUGACAAUACAUUUACAUAGCGUUAGUAUUAUACAUCUACUGGUUGGGCAAAAAUAUUUUUAAUUAAUUUGAAUCAAACUUAUUAUUAUGUAACACCAUUAUUGAACACAGUUAAAGUAACUUAGGAUAAACCUUCUGGAAAUAUAGUUUGGUAGGUUUAAUACAACGAGAAUAUUAUUAAUAAAUAAAAUAGCUUUAUUUAAAUCUAAAACUAUCCUAAUGGAUAUAUAGUUUUAGUGGGUUCACAAAUGAUGUAUUAAAUUGAGAUUUUUGAAACUUAAAAUAAGAAAAUAUUAGAUUUAAGCUCAUUGAAUCUAUCUAUAAAUAGAAUUAGUUAGGUUAUAGUCUCAUUUUUAGAUUAAAAUAAAUAUCUUUGGGUAGUGUUUGGAUUGCCAUUUAAGGAUAAUGAUGAAACAUUUUUAUUUUGGAUAAUUGAUAUUUGGAAUUUGAAUUUCUAAACUUUAUCUUCAGACAAUAGCGAUGAUAAUUUAAAUUAAACAUGCUAUGCUUUAUAUUCAGAUCAGAAUAAGUAAAUAGUUGGAAUAGAUGUAUUUGCAAACGUUUAUGUUUGGAAUUCAUAAAAUAUUACUUAAUUUAAAUUUAAAAAAUCAAUUACUGCUUUUUAGUGCUAUAAUUCUCCUAUAGGUUAAUUAUACAAUAAUCGCAAUAUUAUUUAUUUGAUAGCUGUUUGUGAUAACUAUAAUGUUAUAAGUUUUAACCUAAAUACUGGAGAUACAUAAUUAUUAAUUAAAAUGUCUUCAUCAUCAAAUCAUGUAAACUCAUUUGAGGACAUUUAGCUUAUUGGUUUUGGUGAAAAAGAUACAGGAAAUGUCUAUUUAUUUUAAUUUGAUCAGGUCAGAGAAUAAUUUAGUUUUUUUUUGCAAAUCUAAACUGUAAAAUACAAAGAUGAAACAAUUAAUCUCACUUAUUUAGCUGAUUCUUAAAUUCUUUUCAUUUAAUAUUACUAUAGUAAUUAUUUUUUUCCUAUUGGAUCAUGUUUAGAAGAUAUAUAAAAUUGCUUAAGUUGUGAGAUGGAUUUUUAUUUUAGUUCUACUGAAAUCUAAUAAUCAAAUAAUUUAUAUGGACUAGGAACAGCUGAAUCACCAUUUUAAAGCUCAAAAAAUUUAAUUACUUCCUUUUUACAACUCCAAUAAUAUUGUGACCUAGUUAAUUAAGUCUAAUAGAUAAAUAUAAAAAUUUAUAUAAACCCAAGAUAUUCAUUUCAAAUAUUUUAAGAGCUGAUAAACAUUGAUUUUGGGAGUUUAAUUAAUUUGACAAUUUAGAGCAUUGAUUAAUAAAUAUAAGCUGAAAUCAGUACUAUUAAUAUUUUAGAAUUUAAGUAAUUUAAGAUGUUAAAAUUAUAAAAUUUAAUAAUAUAAUACAUAUUAUUGUAAUAAUAUGAUUUAAAUUCCUAUUGUGGAUUAAAGAUAACAGAUGUAGUUUAAUGGGCGAUCAUCGAAAAUAUCAAUUAUAAUUAACAGUUUGAUGGUUAGAACAAUAAUUGCUAUUCUUUGUAUAUCAAUAAUUCUUCUGCUAUAAUUUAAGACAUAAAUAUAUCGUUUGUUGAUUUCUCAAACUUUUAAGAUUUAAUUCUUGUCAGUAACUCAAAUCAGAUUAUUAUCCAAAAUUUUACACUUUAGAAUUCUAUUCUAAAUAGUUAUUUUAGCAUAUUAAGAUAGAUGAGCAAUACAAACAUAACAAUCAAUCAAAUGGUUAUUCAAAACAACACAUGUGAUUAAUAGUAAAAUUCAGGUUCUAAUUUUGUUGGAUAGUUAUUUUAAGCAGGACAGUUUAAUGUUAGCAAUAUAUAAAUAAUUGAAAACUAAUUUUGUAAUUAAUAAAUAUUUUCAAUAAUUUCAAAUAUUAAUCAACAAAAUAUUACGCUAUAACUUUAAAAUAUAACUAUAAUAUCAAAUAUAUUUUAUACAACUGCUCCAUAUUUAUUACUUAAUGCAAUUUACGCCUUUAGCCCUCUUCCUUAGCAUACUCUUCUUGUGAGCAACAUUUACAUAUUAGACAAUUAGUAUUUACCAAAUUCAUAAAUAAAGUAUUAAAAUGGUUAAAAUACUACAUCACUAAUAUUGAUAGAUAAUAUCAAGGAUAUUAAUAUUUAAAAUAUUAUUUAUAAAAAUUAAAAUGAAAUAGCUUUUCUGAAAGCUUCUUAUGUUGAAAAUAGUAAUCUAUAUAAUAUAUCAUGUUAAAAUGAUGCAAAAUAUUUUAAUAGCACUAUUUCUAAUUAUUAUGCUGGUUGUUUGCUAUUUAAAGAAGUAAACCAAUUUAGUCUAAAUAUAUUUAAUUCAAGCUUCAUCAAUGCCUCUGACUAAUAAAUUAUAAGUAUAAUAAACUAAAACUAUUAAAAUAACAUAAUCUUGCUAACCAAUAUAGAAAUAUUUUCAAGUUUCUUUACAUAAACAUUAUCUAAUUCUUAUUCUAAUCCUGUAUUUAUAUCCUCUGACUAUAGCUCUUAAAUAGAAAUAUAGUCUUCAUAUUUUCAUGAUAAUGUGCUCUAUGGUUAUAUUAAUGCUUAAACAUAAUCUACGACUGGUAUUUAACUUAUCAAUUCUUUAGGAAGCAGUUUAAUUUAAGAAACAAGAUUUAAUAAUUCUAAAUCUAACUCUCUCUACAAUUUUAUAUUUGUUCAGAGCAAUAUCUUGAUUAUUAAUAAUUGCUCGUUUUCAAAUUCUUCUUUUGAUUUAUUAGAUACAACUAGUUUGCUUAUUUAAUAAGGAGGAUGUAUAAGAGCUAAAUGUAAUACAUUUCAGUUAUCACAGUCUAAGUUAUCAUAUUCAACAGCUAGUAUAGCUUCUUUUAUAUAUUUGGAAUCAUUGAGCAAUUAAAUAAAUAGUUUGAUUUCUUAAUCAUAGUUUUCUUAAGGAUUUUCAAAUUCAGAUGGAGGUGCUAUCUACAUAAAUUCUCAAAACUCAAAAAUAAAAUUUAUCAUUGUUAGAUCAAAUUUUACUGAUGUUUAUACUUUUUCUCAAAACUCAAAUAUUAUAUCCAUUCAAAACCAAAAUUAAGGAACAGCAGACUACUAAGAUAAAUUUUCUUUUGUAGAUAUUAGAUUGACGAAUGUCUUAGGGGGCAUAAAUACUAAAUUUUUAAACGUCUAAUACUCUGAGGUUUUAUUUUAAUAUAUCUAUGGGAAAAAUACAGAAAUUAAAUAGUUUCCUUAUAUAUUGGCUUAAAUGGCAGGUUUUGAAACUUUUUACACACCAACUUUAAUAUAGGCAUAAUACUCGAAUAUUACAUUCAGGGAUACUAAUUUUUUUAACAUAACUUCAUCAGAUCAUUCUAUCUUACCACUUUUAAUAUAAUCAGUUGACUCAAUUGUGAUAAUAAAUAAACUAAAUAUUUCGUAAUCAUAUUUUUGGAUAAGUUUAAUAGAUGCUGCUUAUUGUCAAUUAUUCAUUAGUUAAAGUAAAUUUAACAAUCUGUCUACUGUAAAUAGAUCUCAUCCUUAAAACUAUAUGUCUGUUUAAUAAAGUUAUGGGAAUUCUUUGAUUAAGUUAAAUGCUUCGUAAUUAGAGAUAUCAGAUUAAACAUUUUUUAACUAAAUAAUAUGCAGCAAAAAGUGUUAUGGUUCUAGCUUAUCUUUAGUAAACUCUAGAUUCAAUAUCUCAAAUACAUACUUCACAAAUUCAUAAGCGUUAAAUGGAGGUGCCAUUGCAAUAUAAGGAGGUAAUGAAGAAAAUAUAAUACAAGACUGCAAUUUUAACAAUAAUUAUGCAAUUAAUGGCGGAGCAAUUUACUUAACAGCUAAUGAAAAUGAUAAUAUAUAAACUACGAUUGUUGAUUCAAAAUUUAAAAAUAACAUUGCUAAUACAGGUUAUGGAGGUGCUUUAUAUAUAGAGGUACUUGGUACAAACUUUAUUUUAAGUACUAUUUUUAUUAAUAGAACAGCAAUCUAAAGUAAUUAGGCAAAUAUAGGUGGUGGAAUAUACAAUUAAGGAAUCAAUCCUAAGUUUUAUUAAUCUAAUAUUUCUCACAACUAAGCAUAUAUAUAUGGAGAUGAUUAAUUUUCAUAUCCAUCUCAGCUUUAUCUUGUUAAUUAUUACAAUUUUUCAUCAUAUAAUAAUCAAAAAAUAAAGAUCAAUAACUUUAAAAGUGGAAACUAGAUGCCCAAACUCAUAUUUUAACUAAAAGACAGUAGCUAUAAACCUAUAACAUAUAUUAAUUAAUAAUAAUAACUCACAGUAAAAGCUUAAGUUAGUUCAAAAACUGUUAAUUCUUCUUUAUAUUACUUCAGAGGAAAUACAUCUGUAAAUAUUGAUCCUCAAUAAAAUGUAUUUGUCUUUGAAUAAAUAGAUUUGAUUGGUAUUCCAGGUUCAGAUUCAAUUCUUGAAUUUGUCUCUGAUUCUAUAAAAGUUUUUAAUAACGAUACACAGAAGUAUGAAAACAAUUAUACAUUUGAAGUCAAUGUUAAUUUUAGGAAUUGUGUUUAUGGAGAAAUCAUCUAUAAGUAUAAUAAUUUUACUGAGUGUUAAGUAUGUGAUGAUGAAAAGUAUUCGUUGGACUUUUAAGAAUGUUAUUCUUGUCCACAAGGAGCAGAAUGUCAUAAUGGAGUUGUUUAUCUUUAAAAUGGAUAUUGGAGAAAAGAAGAUAAAAGUAUAGAAAUUAUUUAAUGUCACAACUUAUAGUAAAAUUGUGUAGGAAAUUCUUUUGGAAAUAGUGUUUGUGUUCAAGGAAAUAUAGGGCCUUUAUGUGAAGAAUGUGAUAUUUAUGGCGAGUUCUGGGGGAAAAGCUAUACAAGAUCUAAUUAAUAUUAGUGUCAAUUGUGCCAAGAAUUAAAGUAUAAUUCUUGGAAGAUAGUUCUUACAUAUAUUUGGAUACUUUUCUCUAUCUUUUUUACAGUACAAGAUCAUGAAAACUUCUUUUUAAAAAAUAUUUUUAUAAAUAAUAUACGAAGAUAAAGUUAAAAGCUAGGUAUGUAAAACUUUUAAAAACCUUCUAAUUCUAUGGUAUUAUCAUAAUAAAGUUAAAAAACUCUUAAAAGUAUUAAAGGAGAUAUGUCUGCUAAAAACUAUAUUAAAAUAUUUACAAAUUAUGCUUAAAUUGUUAGUUAGGCUGUAGCUUUUAACCUAAAUAUUGAAUCAUGUAAAUUAAAUCAAUAUUAUUUGACUAUUCUCUAUUAUUAAAUAACAGUUAAGUUUUUUUUAUUUAGAAGAUUUAUUAAUAUUUAAAUAAGUUUCUUAAUAUUAAAAAAUUUAUUUUUUUCUUAAUAAAAUUUUUUUAAUUGA